AUGGCUAAGAGAAAGUUAUCAUCAGACCAACUUCCGGAUCCUGUGAAGACUUCAAUACCAGAACAUGUUGCCGAAAUAGCUGAGGCUAUCAACACAUCGCAUGAAGAUCCUACUAGCGAACGCAUUAUCCAUCAUGAUGCUGGGGAGUUUGCAUCUUUAGUGCGUCACGCAACCACAGCUGCUCAAGCUGAAGAAUUGGAAAGCGGCAAGGUUAAUCCUUUUACCGGAAAUGACUUUUCAGAGAACUACUAUAAGAUUUUAAAAGUUAGAAGAGAGUUACCUGUUCAUGCACAGCGAGCUGAAUUCCUGAAGCUUUACCAGGAGAAUCAAAUUCUAGUAUUUGUUGGUGAAACAGGUUCUGGUAAGACUACUCAAAUUCCGCAGUUUGUUCUGUUUGAUGAACUACCUCACUUAAGAGACUCACAAGUUGCAUGUACGCAGCCUCGUAGAGUUGCAGCUAUGUCGGUUGCACAGAGAGUUGCAGAGGAGAUGGAUGUAAAACUAGGUGAAGAGGUUGGUUACUCCAUCAGAUUUGAAAAUAAGACAUCAAACAAGACUAUUUUGAAGUAUAUGACUGAUGGUAUGCUUUUGAGAGAAGCCAUGGAAGAUCACAAUUUAACGCGCUAUUCCUGUAUAAUAUUAGAUGAAGCCCAUGAGCGUACUUUAGCCACAGAUAUUUUAAUGGGUCUUUUGAAAGAGGUCAUUAAGCGUCGUCCUGAUCUCAAGGUUAUUAUCAUGUCUGCAACUUUGGACGCUGAGAAAUUCCAACGUUAUUUCAAUAACUCUCCACUAUUGGCUGUACCCGGUAGAACCCAUCCAGUUGAGAUUUAUUACACUCCAGAGUUCCAAAGGGAUUAUCUAGAUUCUGCUAUCAGAACAGUUUUACAAAUCCAUGCUACUGAGGGACAAGGUGAUGUUUUAUUAUUCCUAACAGGUGAAGAAGAAAUUGAAGAUGCUGUAAGAAAGAUUUCCUUAGAGGGUGAUCAACUAAUUAGAGAGCAAGGAUGUGGUCCUUUAAAAGUCUAUCCAUUAUAUGGUUCUUUACCACCACACCAACAGCAACGUAUUUUUGAACCGGCUCCUGAAUCACAUAACGGCAGACCAGGUAGAAAAGUUAUCAUCUCAACUAAUAUUGCAGAAACUUCAUUGACAAUUGAUGGUAUUGUAUAUGUUGUUGACCCCGGUUUUUCUAAGCAAAAGGUCUACAACCCUCGCAUCAGGGUUGAGUCGUUACUUGUAUCACCAAUUUCCAAAGCUUCUGCGCAGCAGAGAGCUGGUCGUGCUGGUCGUACCAGACCUGGUAAGUGCUUUAGGCUAUAUACAGAGGAAGCCUUCAAAAAGGAAUUAAUUGAACAAUCCUAUCCGGAAAUUUUACGUUCAAAUUUAUCGUCUACGGUCUUGGAAUUAAAAAAGCUGGGAAUUGAUGAUUUAGUUCACUUUGACUUUAUGGAUCCUCCGGCACCUGAAACCAUGAUGAGAGCAUUGGAAGAGCUAAACUAUUUGGCGUGUUUGGACGAUGAGGGAGAGUUGACCUCAUUAGGGAGAUUGGCAUCGCAAUUCCCAUUGGAUCCAAUGUUAGCGGUAAUGUUAAUUGGUUCUAGUGAAUUCAACUGUUCAGAGCAGAUUCUAACGAUAGUAGCCAUGCUUUCUGUACCAAGUGUUUUUGUUCGUCCAUCUAAGGACAAGAAACGUGCAGAUGAUGCCAAAAGUGUAUUUGCCCAUCCAGACGGUGACCAUAUUACUUUGUUGAACGUUUACGAAGGGUUCAAGUCUGAUGAGGCAUAUGAAUAUGGCAUCCACCAGUGGUGCCGUGAUCAUUACUUAAGCUACAGAUCGCUGUCUUCUGCUGACAAUAUUCGUUCACAAUUAGAAAGACUAAUGGUGCGUUAUAAUUUAGAAUUGAAUAGUACAGAUUAUGAAAAUCCAAACUACUUUGAUAAUAUAAGGAAGGCAUUGGCAGCAGGAUUUUUCAUGCAAGUUGCAAAGAAGCGGUCUGGUGGGAAAGGAUAUAUUACAGUUAAAGACAACCAAGAUGUCUUGCUUCAUCCAAGCACAGUAAUUGGUCAUGAUGCUGAGUGGGUGAUUUACAAUGAAUUUGUUUUGACUUCCAAGAACUACAUCAGGACCGUGGUUUCCGUUAGACCCGAGUGGUUAUUAGAACUGGCACCUGCUUAUUACGAUUUGAGCAACUUUCAGAAAGGUGACGUUAAACUAAGUCUGGAAAGAAUCAAGCAAAAGGUUGAUCGAAUCAAGGACCUAAAUAGAACAAAAAAGUCUAAAAAGAGCAAGGAAUAG